CCACAGUUGAUCUUUCUCACUCUCUCUCUCUCUCUCACACACACACGCCCUCUCACUCUCACUCUCACUCUCUGUCUGUCGACUCUCGUAGUUGUAGUACUAAACACCGACCAGUCGAGUUAGUGUAGCUCUGUUACCAAGUUCUGUGAAUAUAUUGUACUUCGCCAGGUCUGGGCAGGUCCAGUCAAUAUGGCGAAGGUUCUCACAGAAGAAAUGGUGUCCUCUUGGAAGGAGUGGGUGUCAGACAACCUCCUAAUCAUCUUAAUCUUAGUCAUGCUGCUCCUGAUCCUGCAGGAUUCUGUGGGGGAUCUGAGACGCAGGUGGUUUGCCGCCUUCGUGAACUGGUUCAACAAGGACGUGGACGUCAAGAUGCAGGAACUGAAGAAGGACAUCUUCGCAGACCUCACCUCCAGUGUGUCCCACUUCCCUGAAUUCAGGAAGUCUGGGGGACUAAAAAUCCUCGAAAUAGGAGUUGGAACAGGGACAAACUUCGAAUUCUACCCAGAGGGGACCAAACUUACUGUAGUGGACCCAAACCCCCACUUCAAGCAAUACUACAACGAGAAUAGGAAGAAAUACCCCAAUAUUGAAUCGGAGGAGAUCAUUGUCAGUACGGGUGAGGAGAUGUACAUGGUACCUGACGACAGCGUAGAUGUCGUCGUGGUGACUCUGGUCUUCUGCAGUGUGAAGGACAUACCGAGAGUCCUGCGCCAGAUCCUACGUGUCCUAGUUCCUGGCGGCAAAUUCUACUUCCUCGAGCACAUCGCGGAGUUCGACACGACGCGCCAUGCCCUCAGGAGGAGGAUACAGAACACCCUGACCAAGUCGGGCGUGUGGCCCUUCGUGUUCGACAACUGCCACCUGAACAGGGACUUCCUAAAGGACCUGACAGGGACCGGGUUUUCUAUGGUGAAGGCGGUGAGGUUCCAUAACCACAUAACGCACCCGAUCUUCCAGCUCAUCCAGCCGUGUCUCAAAGGCGUGGCUGUUAAGUGAUCAUGUGAGGGUGGUAAUGCAUUUGGAUGGGUUACUGUUUAUGUGGGGGUUACUGUAUAUAUAGAUAUAUAUGUAUAUAUAUACACACAUAUAUGUAUAUAUAUCAUUAACAUUUGUAAUUCAUAAGAGUGAAAUAUCAAUUACAAUCCACCGUCACACUGCAGUUGACAAAUGUACAAAGUUGAGGUAAAGGUGUACACAUAGUUUAAAUUAUCAUUAAUUAAUACAGAAUAAAGAAAUUUC